AACUCUGAAUCAUUCUCGAGAAGCACCUUAUCUAAAGCUCAUUCAUACAUUAUCCAAACCGCAAGGGAUCUUGGAAGGUCCUAGAAGCUUGAAUUUGGUUUCCAUAUCAAGCCACCUGUUCCCUUCUUUAAAUCACUUCCUAUUACCUUCUACUCCGUUCUACUCUACUUCCGAUUAAUUUCUAGUACAUUCUCGCCAACGAUGUCGAUCAUUCCAAUCGGCGGCCAAGACGGCCGUAUUUCCAACGGUUCCUCUUCAAGCAUCCUCAAUCGCUUCCCGAAAUUCCCCUUCCCUCUGGACUUAUGGCACGAUUUCCCUUUCCCUUCUUCAAUCUCGCACGCCUUUCCGGACUUCGCUUUUGGAGGCUCCGUCAACACUCGUCUCGAUUGGACCGAGACGCCGAACGCUCAUGUUCUGAGAGCCUCCCUUCCGGGCUUCCAAGGAGAAGACGUUCUCGUCGAGCUUCAGGAUGAUCGGAUGCUUCAGAUCAGCACCGAUAGUGGCGGCUUUGUAAGUAGAUUCAAGAUUCCGGAGAGCGGGAAGAUCGAGGAGUUGAGUGCGUUUAUGGAUUUUGGAGUUCUCACUGUGUUUGUUCCUAAAGAAGACGAUCAGAGCAGACGCGAUGUUCGAGUGGUGGAGAUCACCGGCGAGUAGAUGAAGAUCUUCAUCUUUGUACAAUUGAAUGCUCUGUUUAGGAUAAGAAUCUGUUUGUGGUGAACUUGUAGUGCGUUUUUGGUUUGAACUUUGGAAGUCGGUUUGCUCACAACCUGUUCGAUGAAAUGCUUUUGUGGUUCUAUUGUAAUGUAUGCUUCUGGUUGUCUAAGCUAUGUGAGAAUGUUAAUAGUUCAAAUACUGGUGUUAAUGAAAUUCGGUGCCUCUGUUCUA